CACAUCUUUCUUCUUUCUAUUUCACUUUAUUUUAAAUAAUGACAGAUAUUCUUCCAGCAUCACCCACUGCUUCUGUAGCAAGUACCACCAGAAAAUAUCGGUUUGCAACUGAAGUAGUUACUGUUGAUAACUCAGACGAUCCACAUAAUGCCGCUUCUGUUCCCAUUUAUCAAACAGCUACUUUUAAGCAAAAGACAGCUACUGGAUCUGGUGAAUAUGAUUACUCUCGUAGUGGUAAUCCUACCCGUACUCAUGUUGAAAACCAUUUGGCAAAGAUCAUGAGUGCUGAAAGAGCAUUGGUUGUAACUAGUGGUAUGGGUGCUUUGGACGUGAUUACUCGCCUCGUCAGCGCAGGUGAAGAAAUCAUUGCUGGAGAUGAUCUUUAUGGUGGUACCAACAGACUCUUAACUUUCUUGGCCAAGAGUCAAAAUGUCAAGACACAUCAUAUCGAUACCACCAAAUCCGACUCUAUUUUACCUUAUUUAUCUGACAAGACGCGUUUGGUCUUGUUGGAGUCUCCCACCAACCCUCUCAUCAAAAUCAGUGAUAUCCCCACCAUCUCCAAAUACGUACAUGAACGUUGUCCUAACGCAUUGGUUGUUGUCGAUAACACCAUGAUGUCUCCUUAUUUGCAACGUCCUCUUGAACUCGGGGCUGAUAUCUCAUACCAUUCGGGCACAAAGUAUUUAUCCGGUCAUCAUGAUUUGAUGGCCGGUGUCAUUGGUUCAAAAACGGCUGCCGUCGGUGAUGAACUUUAUUAUGUGAUUAAUGCCACAGGCUGUGGUUUAAGUCCCUUUGACUCAUGGCUUCUUUUACGUGGUGUCAAGACAUUAGCUGUACGUAUGGAUAAACAGCAAGCGAGCUGUAUUCGUAUUGCCAAUUAUUUGGAGGAUCAAGGUUUUAAAGUGCAUUUCCCUGGACUUCGUUCUCACCCUCAACAUGAUUUACAUGCCAGCAUGGCUUCCGGACCCGGUGCCGUCUUGAGUUUUGAAACAGGCGAUACGGGCAUUUCAGAACGUAUUGUGGAGGGAGCCAAGUUAUGGAGUAUUAGUGUUUCAUUCGGCUGCGUUAAUUCAUUAAUCAGUAUGCCUUGUAGAAUGUCCCACGCUUCUAUUCCCGCUCAUGUGCGCGCUGAAAGAUCUCUCCCUGAAGAUCUCAUUCGUUUAUGUGUCGGUAUUGAAGAUGUCGAGGAUCUUUUAGAAGAUUUAGAACAGGCUUUACAUAUCUCCGGCGCAUUACCAUCCAAGUAGAAACAUACACAUUCUUUUUACAUCCAUAUAAUCCCCCCCCCCCUUUUAUUUUUUCCUGUAUACACCCUUUCUUUCACAAACAAAUGUAAUAAAACAAAAACAUCUGUAAAAAUAAA